AUGACUGAGCCAUCGUCAAGCAACUCGAGAAAAGUCAGACUAACAGUCAUCGCUGCCGAUGGUCUAUAUAAACGAGAUGUCUUCAGAUUUCCGGAUCCCUUCGCCGUUAUCACGGUAGAUGGGGAACAAACACAUACAACUACUGUAAUCAAGAAGACUUUGAAUCCUUAUUGGAAUGAACCUUUCGAUGUCAAUGUCACCGACUCAAGCAUCAUUGCCGUACAGAUCUUCGACCAGAAGAAGUUCAAGAAAAAGGACCAGGGCUUCCUCGGUGUUAUUAACAUUAGAGUUGGGGAUGUCCUCGACCUUGGACUCGGAGGUGACGAGAUGCUUACGCGCGACCUCAAAAAGUCCAAUGACAACAUGAUGGUGCAUGGGAAACUAAUCGUCAACUUGUCAACUAACGUGGAGGAGCCUUUGAGGACACAGAGUCAGGCCAGGCCGCCGAAUGCGCCGCCUACUCCUGCUGGUCCAUCUUCUAGCAGCAAUACUGCGCUUCCGGUUACGGAACCGCAAAACGGCGCGCCUCCCCCAAGUGCCAAUGGUAACCGUCCUCCUGGAGCUCCUUCUGACAGUGCCCCCGCGGGUGCCCCGAAUUCUGGAGGAAGCAGGCAGCUAAGUACCUUCGAAGACAACCAGGGUCCUCUGCCGGCUGGCUGGGAAAGACGGCAAGACAACCUGGGUCGGACGUACUAUGUAGACCAUAAUACUCGUACCACGACCUGGGUUCGGCCGUCUUCCCAGUUCUCGUCGAGCGAACAGCGAGCUACCAUGCAGCAUAACACCGAUAUGGAAAGAAGAGCACACGGGAACCGAAUGCUACCCGAAGACCGAACCGGUGCCAACUCCCCCACCCCGGGAACCGGAACAACCACCCCACCUAACAACGAGGCCUCGUCGAACGCGGUAUCAAUGAUGGCUACUGGCGCGACCACAGCCGGAACUGGUGAGUUACCUCCUGGCUGGGAACAGCGUCACACUCCUGAAGGAAGACCGUAUUUUGUCGAUCACAACACCCGAACUACGACCUGGGUCGAUCCUCGAAGGCAACAGUACAUUCGUGUCUAUGGGCAGCAACAAACGGUGCAAACCCAACCUGUCUCGCAGCUCGGACCUCUUCCUAGCGGAUGGGAAAUGCGUCUUACGAAUACCGCUAGGGUCUACUUUGUGGAUCACAACACCAAGACGACAACCUGGGAUGACCCUCGUCUACCAUCGUCCCUGGACCAGAACGUGCCACAAUACAAGCGAGAUUUCCGAAGGAAGCUCAUCUACUUCAGAUCCCAACCAGCUCUGCGUAUUCUGUCCGGCCAAUGUCAUGUCAAAGUGCGAAGAAACCAUAUUUUCGAAGAUUCCUAUGCGGAAAUUAUGAGACAACAUCCCAACGACUUGAAAAAGCGAUUGAUGGUCAAGUUCGACGGAGAAGAUGGUUUGGAUUACGGUGGUCUUUCGAGAGAAUUUUUCUUCUUGCUAUCCCACGAGAUGUUCAAUCCAUUUUAUUGUCUGUUCGAGUAUUCGGCACAUGACAAUUAUACCCUUCAAAUCAACCCCCACUCGGGUAUUAACCCUGAGCACUUGAAUUACUUCAAGUUCAUCGGAAGGGUUGUCGGUCUCGCCAUUUUCCACCGACGUUUCCUAGACGCCUUCUUCAUUGGCGCUUUCUACAAGAUGAUUUUGCGCAAGAAAGUCUCGCUCGCUGAUAUGGAAGGCGUGGAUGCUGAUUUCCACCGAAAUCUCACCUGGACUUUGGAGAAUGAUAUUACAGAUAUCUUAGAUCUUACUUUCUCUACUGAAGACAAUAGGUUCGGAGAAACUGUAACAAUCGAUCUCAAGCCAAAUGGUAGAGAUAUUGAGGUGACAAAUGAGAACAAGAAGGAGUAUAUUGAUCUUAUCACCGAAUGGAGAAUUUCGAAGCGAGUCGAGGAGCAAUUUAAUGCGUUUAUCACUGGAUUCAACGAACUUAUUCCGCCAGAUCUGGUUAAUGUGUUUGACGAGCGAGAACUGGAGUUGUUGAUUGGUGGUAUCGCCGAUAUUGACGUCGAUGACUGGAAGAAACACACCGAUUAUCGCGGUUACACCGAAACUGAUGAAGUUAUCCAAAACUUCUGGAAGUGCGUGAGGAGCUGGGAUGCCGAGCAGAAAUCGCGUCUCUUACAGUUUACCACCGGCACUUCCCGUAUUCCGGUCAAUGGUUUCAAGGAUUUACAGGGAAGCGACGGGCCAAGAAGAUUCACAAUCGAAAAGGCUGGAGAGCAGUUACAUCUGCCCAAAUCGCAUACUUGCUUCAACCGUUUGGACCUCCCACCAUACAAGUCAUAUGAUGCGUUGGCUCAGAAAUUGGCAUUGGCUGUGGAGGAGACGAUGGGAUUCGGACAAGAGUAG